AUGGUCCUGGUGUUCUGGCCUGGUGUGACCCUCUGCAUCGAGUGGGCUGGCUGUGUGCUCUGUGAGGUCCUGUUUCACAGGCCCAAGGGCAGGUUUGGAGAAGGUCAGCACCACUUACUGCUGCAUGGAGGAGCAGCAAUCAAACACAUUCAAAGUGCUUGAUAGACCCAGGCCCUGACAAUAUGCCAUUCACUCAGCUCAACAGCAGACACGCGCACGUACGUACACAUUUGCUCACUUUCUUUCUUUCUUUCUUUCUUUCUUUCUUUCUUUCUUUCCUUUUUUCUUUCUUUCUUUCUUUCUUUCUUUCUUUCUUUCUUUCUUUCUUUCUUUCUUUCUUUCUCUCUCUCUCUCUCUCUCUCUCUCUCUCUCUCUCUCUCUCUCUCUCUCUCUCUCUCUCUCUCUCUCACUCACUCACUCACUCACUCACUCACUCACUCACUCACUCACUUACUCACUCACUCUCACUCAGUCACUCAUUCUCUCACUCACACACACAUACAAACAUACAGCUUCACAUAGGACAUUCUCUGGCGAAGCCUCCACAGCACAUCCUGUUUCAUGCACAUGGGCAAUAUGACGUCCCAGACGUGUCUCCCAAUGUGAAGCACAGCCAGCUGGAUGACCCAAGGCAUCCAUGGUGCAUUGGCUACAGCACUGGGCCCUGGAGACAUGGCCAUGUGGCGCUCUGCUGCUGCUGGUGCUCUCAGAGAUGUCCUUACUCUACAGGCACUACAAAAUGCAUCACUUACUGAACCCAUGCUGCUGAAUUCAGCACAUACUGUAUGAGGACUACUAAUAACUACUACCAAUUGGUAGGUACAUGGUGUCAACUAGGAGUUUAGCAGGUGAGUUACUUAAACAACAAAAUAUAAUCCGACACUUAACUAUUUGGCACGGUCUUGGCACUCUCCAGUAUGUGAGAUUCAUGAAGCGCAACAGCGGAAGUUUGCUCUAAUGAUGUGUCUAAAAGGCCUCUUAAUGACAGAGCUAAGAAUGCUAAUUAGCAUCUCUGUUUUGGGCUGUGAAGAAUGAUGCUAAAUUAAGAAUGAUGCUAACCAUGCUCAGAUGCUUGAUACACAACAAGAGUUGUCUUUUUUUUCUGAGUGAGGCUUUGACUUGAUGCCUUUAGAAAUAUUAGGCUGUAUAUAUAUAUCUCUCUCGCUCUUUUUCUCUCUCACCCUCUCUCUCUCUCUCUCUCAAUCAGAUAUCAUAUCAAAUAAUACAGUUAUUAUUCAAGAGUAUGCUAUUUCAAUGCAUCACUGAUCUAGUGAUUGAUUUUGAUGUCUCUAAUCUCUGCUCAUUUAUUUUCCUUGCUACCUGCUUUUAGAUGAAAUCAAUCUUUAUAAAGCAUCAGCUCAGGGGAAAGAGUCCUGAGAAAGCAUUGUGUAAGCAGUCCCGUGAAUCAAAUAUAACCAUAAUGAGUUGCCCCGUAGAAUAAUCCCAUUAACCUACACUGGAAUAUCGCCCUUUAUUGCCUUCAGACCUUUCUCUGGAUUAACACUGACCUCAGAGGUGUUACAGAUCGGUAUUAAUGGAAGACUCUGGACUUUAUUUUGACGCACCACAGAUACUGUAUAUGUACACUAUCAUUGAAAAGUUUGGGUUCACUUAGAAAUGUCCUUGUUUUCGAAAGAAAAGCAAUUUUUUUGUCCAUUAAAAUAACAUCAAAUUGAUCAGAAAUACAGUGUAGACAUUGUUAAUGUUGUGAAUGGUUAUUGUAGCUGGAAAGGCUGAUUUUUUAUGGAAUAUCUACAUAGGCGUACAGAGGCCCAUUAUCAGCAACCAUCAGUCCUGUGUUCCAAUGGCACGUUGUGUUUGCUAAUCCAAGUUGAUCAUUUUAAAAGGCUAAUUGAUCAUUAGAAAACCCUUUUGCAAUUAUGUUAGCACAGCUGAAAACUGUUGUGCUGAUUAAAUAAGCAAUAAAACUGGCCUUCUUGAGACUAGUUGAGUAUCUGGAGCAUCAGCAAUUGUGGGUUCGAUUACAGGCUCAAAAUGGCCAGAAACAAAUAACUUUAUUCUGAAACUCGUCAGUCUAUUCUUGUUCUGAGAAAUAAAGGCUAUUCCAUGCGAGAAAUUGCAAAACAGACACCUCACAGGUCCUCAACUGGCAGCUUCAUUAAAUAGUACCCGCAAAACACCAGUCUCAACGUCAACAGUGAAGAGGCGACUCCGGGAUGCUGACCUUCUAGGCAGAGUUGCAAAGAAAAAGCCAUAUCUCAGACUGGCCAAUAAAAAGAAAAUAUUAAGAUGGGCAAAAGAACACAGACACUGGACUUUUUCUUUGUAACUCUGCCUAGGAGGUCAGCAUCCCGGAGUCGCCUCUUCACUGUUGACGUUGAGACUGGUGUUUUGCGGGUACUAUUUAAUGAAGCUGCCAGUUGAGGACCUGUGAGGCGUCUGUUUCUCAAACUAGACACUCUAAAGUAUUUGUCCUCUUGCUCAGUUGUGCACCGGGGCCUCCCACUCCUCUUUCUAUUCUGGUUAGAGCCCGUUUGCGCUGUUCUGUGAAGGGAGUAGUACACAGCAUUGUACGAGAUCUUCAGUUUCUUGGUAAUUUCUUGCAUGGAAUAGCCUUUAUUUCUCAGAACAAGAAUUGACUGACGAGUUUCAGAAGAAAGUUAUUUGUUUCUGGCCAUUUUGAGCCUGUAAUCGAACCCACAAUUGCUGAUGCUCCAGAUACUCAACUAGUCUCAAGAAGGCCAGUUUUAUUGCUUCUUUAAUCAGCACAACAGUUUUCAGCUGUGCUAACAUAAUUGCAAAAGGGUUUUCUAAUGAUCAAUUAGCCUUUUAAAAUGAUCAACUUGGAUUAGCAAACACAACGUGCCAUUGGAACACAGGACUGAUGGUUGCUGAUAAUGGGCCUCUGUACGCCUAUGUAGAUAUUCCAUAAAAAAAUCUGCUGUUUCCAGCUACAAUAGCCAUUUACAACAUUAACAAUGUCUACACUGUAUUUCUGAUCAAUUUGAUGUUAUUUUAAUGGACAGAAAAAUUGCUUUUCUUUCGAAAACAAGGACAUUUCUAGGUGACCCCAAACUUUUGAACGGUAGUGUAUUACCGGUAGGAUAACUUCACCUCUCCUCUCAAUUAGGAGGAGAAACCCUAGGCUGGAAUUUCCCCCAAUCAAUCAAUGUAUUAAUCAAUUCAAUAAAUCUGUUCAUUUAUGGUUCUGUAGUGUAAGGCACAGCCUGUGGAAUCAUUAUAUUUGCAUAGCUAGUUCACUCCCAAAGCAACAGGAGAGGAGCAGCAAGUAGUUCCCUUGUUUUGAUGCCAUCAUUGCAGUGAUGUCAAUGUGCCCACUAGCCAAUCAGGAUGCCCCGAACAUUCAAUAGGUUGCCCCAAAAGUUCUAAUAACACAAAAACUGUCCAGUUGUGCUGAUGAUUAUACAAUGUUUGUAUAAAACAGUCACCUGAUGUUGCAAGAACGUUCCCAGAACAAAUGUUGUUAUUACAUUACCUGGAAACCUAAUAAGAACCUUAGGGUAAUGUUCUGUGGCGGCUGUUACAGAUUUUGUGCACAACAUUUUAGUGAAUGUUAGGAGAACAUUUGAAGGAUAUAAAAAAAAUAAAAACAGUAUUUGAAUGUUUUUGAGAUGUUAUCAUCCUAAUGUUAGAUAAAACCCUAACUAGAACUUAAUGGGAAUAUAAUGUUGUGGGAAUGUUCCCAGUUUGCUGGGUGGGCACUGCAGGGAUGCAGGCAGCUAUGCCAACACAUAAAUAGCACGAAGCAGUAGACUACUCUGCUAGGUCUUCAAAUCAACACACAAUGCUCAAUGUUGAUUAAAAGAUUAACAUUGAUUAUGAUCAACACAAAUAUUUUAUAACCUCAAUUAUGGCAGGAAUUCCUCAGCAAGGAAGAGAUGAACAGAGACUAAUUUGAUUAGCAUUUAGACAACGGCCUCCUCAUAAAUAAAUUGAUUAGAUUUCUUGUCUCCUGUUGAUGGGCACCCAAAAAGAUUUUCAGAGGCCAGACGUGGCAAAGUUAACACGGCAGCUCGUAUUAUCUCAGCCUGCACUUGGAUAUUGAAUCUGUCUGUGUCAUUAUCUAUGUGGUGUUAUUUGAGUACAUUUGUAUUUAUGUUGUUUGCUCUUAUUUUGGUUUCUCUCUGGUUCUGAUGAAAAGGGUGAAGGGGAUUUGAGAAGAGCCACUUAUGGCUGAAGUUGGGUUUUCUGCCUCCUGAGCUGACAUGAAAUAGUUCCACCCCGGGUAUUUAAAAAUUCUAACGGGUUGAGGAUUAAAUAUUAAACACUGCAGACUUGGGAAUCCAUUCCUCCGCUGAGGAAUGAAAAUCUUGGGAGUGUUCCUGACCUGCGGUCCACAGAGAGGUAUGUGUAUGAUGAGAAAUAUCAGCUUACAUGUUUCUCUCCAUAGGGUCAUGGAGGCAACGUCUCACAUUGACAUUGCCACAAAGGAUUUGAAUUUCUGCUUUACAACCAACAAAAUAAUGAACCUGUGUUUGUUUUUUCUCUCUCCACCUUCUCUCAUCCUCUCGCCACUCUCCUCUCUCCAUCACCCCCCCCCCCCCCCCCCCUCCUCUCCACACUGUCCCCCUUUUAUUCCAUUGUUCUCUGCUUUCUCUCUUCUGUGGCUGUGCCCCACCUGUGGUGUGUGAACUGUGCAGUGAGCUCGAACCAGAGCAGUGCCCAUGAGUACCCAGACUGCCGUGAUGGGGGCAGCGAGGCCAGCCUGCUGGUGUCACCGCUGGUGGUGGCUGGCAUCGUCAUCGGCCUGGUGCUCUUCCUUUCCUGCGUUACCAUCAUUGUGGGCAGUCUGCGCAAAGACAGCCGUCUGCGCAACCCCCACCUUCGGGCCAGCUAUGGUGAGUUACAGAGAGCUGUCCAUCAAUGAGGCCAGUGGUUGUGUUAGAGGCCAGUUCAUUUAUAAGCUUUAGUUUAUCGGUUUUCAGUUACAAGCGGUUUCAUAGGUCUUAUUUACAAAUCACUGGGACAAAAUGUAUGGCCAUGCAUUUUCCAUGCUACUUUUCCCAGAGCUGAAUCAAUAGAAGAUAUCCAGUUCAGUCUUCUAUGAACACAUUUCACCCACAUGGCAUUAAUAUGCCACAUUUGGCAUUCUCCAGAGCUGGCAUUUACACCAACCAGUGCUCUUCUCCUGAAACCUCAUAUAAAGGGACCACACUCUGCCUGUGGGGUUGAUAACGGAAUGGGAAAAAAACAAAAUAUUGCGGCCAAACUGAAUCACACACACACACACACACACACAACACAGCCAAAGCCGUGUCUGUGGAAGGCCACUUGGCCCAGUGGACUGGGUCCCAUUGUCAGUCCACACAGAGAAGCACAAAAAGCUCAAAGAGCAUCCUUUGUAUGAGGACGCGGCCCCAAUCUCCCUCUGCCUGGCCAAAGGCUGAUAUACCCAGAUUAUAUCACACUGGCUUCAAUCACAGCCCCUCUAUCUUCAAGGAGCCACAUGCUCUUAGCCUUUAUGUUUCAUAAAGAUUCUGACUGCUCCAGUGUAAAAACAGUGCAGAUGAGAGAGAUAGACUGCUAAAAGAAAUAUUUACUGUAAAUCUGCUUAUUCAGUUCAAAGUAGGAUCCCUAAACCAUGAGAUAUAUAAUUCAGUUGAACUGAACACAGAGAAUAUUUACAAUCCUGACUGUGUGCUGUAGUUCACUGAGAAAAAAGCUAUUGUGUUCGUUAGUGUUGUAUUAGACUGCCCUGCCUCUCCACAGCUCCGGAUGGCUUUUCGUAUGGUGGCUCCAUUGGGGAGCUGAGGUCGACGUGUAUCGAGGAGUUCCCUCCAGCGUUUGACUUUGACUCCUACGUGGAGACUCUAUCACAAGUCAAUGUGAUGUAUCCAGACUCCCCGCCUCAGUAA